UUGAUUUUUAGUCGUGGGCCUGAUUUUAUAUGUAAGCCACGUUUUCGGAAUACGCUUCCAGAUGUUCCUUUUCCCGGAAAAUUCCUUCCUUGUCCUUUCGUCGAAUUAGAGCGAUUUAUUGAUUACAAGCCCACGUCUUUGGAAAUGGAGUACAAAUAUGAGGUGCAAUGCGAAAUGGACAUUGGAUUGAAUCUAGAUUUGAUUGAUCCGAACACAUAUAAGGUGGACUCCCAUGCGGAAAUCCAGCUCAAUGAGAAGGAUGCUAUACUGCUCGAAGACGAGGAUUCAAAUGCCAAGCAAAUAAAAAGAUCAGCUCAACAUUCGAAAGUUGUACCGUGGAUGCGGAAAACACAGUACAUAUCUUCAGAAUUUAACCGAUUUGGUGUGGCUGCCGAUAGGCAAGAGAUCAAGGUUGGCUACCACCUUACCAAAAACAAGGAAAAUCUGAAUCUUUUCCGUGAUCGUCAAAGUCAGAUUGAUUCGAUAAAGAAAUCAUUCGAAGAUUGUAAAGUACCAAUUCGUAAACAUUUUUCGAAGAAAGGAGUCACAGCUAUCGAAGAAGUACCUAUACUACCUGAUUUUGAGCUUUGGAAGUAUCCAUUCGCGUUAGUUCAGUUCGACGCAGAUCCGGCUCCAGCAGGUUAUCCUCCUGAUCUUUGCGAAAGCAUGGUCACACAAAGUCACAUCAAGGGUAUGCAAGAUGAUGAUGGGGAACAGUUUGUUGCGUACUUCGUGCCCACAGUUGAAACUCUACAAAAGAAAUUAACCGAUAGGGAAGAAGGCAAAAAUUAUACUGAGGGUGGAGUGUAUGAGCAUGUGCUGAAUCGAGAGUAUACUUGGACGGUGAAAAACAAAAACACCAAAGGUUUUGAGAGAGACAACUACUUUAUUUAUUAUAAGGAUGGUGGUUUUCACUACAAUGAACUUGAAACCAAGGUGCGACUAGCUCGACGACGACGUGCUGGUCACGAGAAACCGAAUACGCAAUUACAUGUUACGUACACAGAACCAACAGAAGCUGAGAUACAAACAAUGACAAAUAGAAUGAACUCUUUGUUGAAAAGCUACGAUUCAGAUGAUGAAGAAGAUAAAAAAUCAGAAAAGUCGGAAAGUAAUGAAGGUUCUCCCAACGAAGGAAAAGUAGACGAAUCAAAUAGCGAAAAGGAAGGAAGCACCGACAACGAAAAAGAUGGUGCUAGUGACGAUGAUGAUAGCGAUGAUGAAAAGAAGAAAAGUGAAAGCGAAAAGGGUAGCACAGACGAAAGCGAUUGA